UCUACCUAAAUAGGCUUUGACGUCAAAGACUUUUCACAUUUGCACUAAAAAAUUACAUUUAAUUCAAAAACCCAAGCUGAACGAACAAAAUACAAAAAAAUAUGUUUGCUGCUAGGAAAAUAUUGAGCGACAUUCCAAGUUUCACAUGGCGCUACUUGCUGGCACGGACGUUGAAGGUGGCUAUUGUGGGAGCCGGAGGAGGCAUUGGUCAACCGUUGUCGCUGCUUUUGCGCCAAAGCCCUGGCAUCACAAAGCUGGCCCUGCACGAUCUGCAUGGAACUAAGGGCCUGGCCGUAGAUCAUUCGCACAUUUGUACACAAGUCCGAGUUAGUGGCUAUGAGGGUGAAAAGGAACUGGAAAUGGCCGUCUCCAAUUCGGAUGUGGUGGUGGUAGCGGCUGGCAUGCCACGUCUGCCUGGUAUGGAGCGUGAUCACCUGAUGGCCGCCAAUGGCAAAGUGGCUAUAAAAGUGGCCAACGCCAUAAGCGUUGCUUGUCCCCAUGCUUUUGUGGCUUUCAUAACGAAUCCCAUCAACAUGAUUGUUCCAGCGGCAGCGCAGAUCCUAAAGGCUGCUGGAACCUUCAAUCCCAAACGUUUGUUUGGCAUCACAACAUUGGAUCUGGUCCGCUCCAAGAAGUUUAUAGGCGAUCAUAUGCAAAUUAAUCCAGAAGCGGUUAAUAUUCCAGUUAUUGGUGGACAUGCUGGUAUAACCAUUCUUCCGCUGUUCUCCCAGUGUCAACCACAAUUCAAUGGAAACGCCUCCGACAUAGAGAAGCUAACGAAGCGCAUUCAAGAAGCUGGCACCGAAGUGGUCAAUGCCAAGGCAGGCCAAGGAUCAGCCACUAUUUCAAUGGCUUUUGCUGGAGCAAAAUUUGUUGACUCUCUGCUGCGUGCCCUGAACGGUGAGGAAAGGUUGGUGGAGUGCGCCUUUGUGGCUUCCACCCUAACAGAUGCCCCCUUCUUUGCCAGUCCUCUAGAAUUGGGUAAGCAAGGCAUUAAGCGUCAUCUUGACUUACCCAACUUAAGUGAAAGCGAGAAGCAGGCUCUAGAGAAGUUGUUGCCAGUGCUCAAGAAAAAUGCCAUAGAAGGACAAAUGUUUGCCCAUAACUUUACAGCAGAACGUAUUAAAAAAUUGUCAAAUUAAUUUUAAUAAAUAUCAAUUUAUAUAGACUCUUUGGAAA